CACAUACCUCAAAAGAUCUAGGAAAUCUACCUUCCACCGACAAGCUUCCAUUUCCAAUUCUCGCCUGAAGAGCACCGGACCCCGCUGAGCACGAUGUCUGCCUCCGUGUGCACCACCCGCACUUGCCGCGCGAACGUCUUCAGCAGCCGUCGCAGCGUCCGCGUUAUGGCGACGCGCACCACUUACAAGAUCAGCCUGACGCAUGAAGGCAAGCAGGUGGAUCUGGCCGUGCCUGAGGGCGAGUCCAUCCUAAGCGUGGCCCUGGACAAGGGUCUGGACCUCCCCCACGACUGCAAGCUGGGCGUGUGCAUGACCUGCCCUGCCAAGCUGGUUUCGGGCACUGUGGAUGCGUCUGGCUCCAUGCUGUCUGAUGACGUGGCGGAGAAGGGCUACACGCUGCUGUGCGUGGCCGUGCCCAAGUCCGACUGCCAGGUCAAGACCAUUUCCGAGGAUGAGCUGCUGGACAUGCAGCUGAUGACCAGCCAGUAAGCGACAGAGGCAGCGGCAAGUGGACGAUGAUGGCGACAUGACUUCAGGGCGCUGACGCCAACUGAGCUGCUUUGGGGCAGUUCAAUCUCGAGGGGAUGAGCGCUGACUAUUCACCGAAAAGGCGUGUGACUGGAGCAGAUGACCGGAUGAGGACAGCAGCAAGAGGAGGCUUAGCAAGAAGGGCUGCUUUCUACAGGCGCGUUGGUAGCUGGCAGAGGCCGCCGCACUGGCUGGGGUUUGCCAUGCAGCGUGCGGUGUGUGGUAUUGAUGUUCCGUACUGUGCGGGAGGACUGCGUUGGUGGUGCUGCGACGCGGCGCGUGUCUGGGGCAAUGCCUACCCAAGGCAGCCCAGAUUGUAUUUGUAGUGAGGGACCGGGGAGAUAGCGCAGGCCCGGUUGAAUUGCGUCGAUGGGCCAUGUGCAAGGUGAUGCACCGCAGCAAGGGCUGGGCUGUGUGCUCAGCAAACAGGGCAUACGAACCCACCCCACCCCACCACGCCCAGGGUGCACGCUGCGUAGCGCGUACCAAUCUUUGAUGCAUUGCUGCUUUAGCGUCGACAUGCAUACGUUGACGCUUUACAGUCAAGAGCGGGCCGCAAGGGCCAUUGGGGAAAGGCCGCUGGAUGUAAAUCCGCAGAGCAAGCAGGUACUGACACCAGGAAGUCGAGUUGCAAAGCCACGGGUGGGGUAUGGGAACCACUGUGGCGCGAUAAAUCGUGAAGGGCCUGCAUGUGGGCGGAACGCCCCAAGAUUCAGACGGGAUGAGGGGCACGGCGGUGGCGCUGGUAAGUCACCAACACGCCCAGUGUUCCGGCCAGUUGUCAUUGCCUGCUAUCCCUGUUCGAGACAGGGCUGGGUAGGGCUGGGCCUUAACUUAUCGGAGAUGCUUUAUAGAAACGCAAUGCGCACGAUGCCUCUCCUUAACGUCCUUUGAAACAAGCAGUCUCCCGCUUCACGUCCGUUGACGCGCUGGUGGAGAUGCUGCUCGGGCACAAGCGACCUGCAUCGCUGCAGACUGGCGGCGGCGGCAGCAGCAGCGGGGGCGCGUGCGCGCAUCUUGGUAGCGGAGGGGGCGGGAAAGGCCACGUGGAGGAGGAGAGCGCAGCGCCGCCCAAGAGCGGCGCAAGCGCGCAGGCUGAGAAGCCGGCUGGUGUCUAGGUAGCGGUCCGCGGUGAGGCUGUCAGGGCAUACGUAGCGGCAUGACAAGAACGGCUGUUGACAACUGCGCUGCGCCUGGCUGCAGUUGGCUCUGCUGAGGCAUCGCGAUUGCUAGGCACCUGGUUUGGCUAUGUGCCUGUGGGAACCCGGCUAUGUCCGGGUGAUGAGGUUGUUCGGCCUCAGACUGUGGAGGGGCUCAGCUCCUUUUCCCGUGACCGGGGAACACUUGUCGGGUGUGGGAUAGGAUACUGCU